AUGAACAACGAUGCCGGUGCGUGGGCGCUUGUGGUGCAGGUGCUGUUGGAUGAGGUGGACAGGCUGGAUAAGGUGAAGCAGGAGAGGUUCGAGGAGAAGGAGAGCGAACAGGACUGGCGCCGCUACGUGGACAUCGACAACUUCCCCAUUGCGGAGGUCACGGCCAUCCGCACCGUGCGCAGCCUCAUGUUCUCUUGCAAGCACCUGUACACCGCGCUGCCAGAGGCGCUCCCAAAAUGGUGCCUGCGCAACUGCAAGAUGAGCUUCGUCUCCGUGUGGCUCGACACCUUCCGUGGUGGCCCCGGCGACAUUGGCGACGCGGCUUGGCUGGAGCAGCGGUUCCUCGUCUACACGUGGCUCGGUGUGCAGUGGCACAGCACGUGCCGCUUCCUCGAUGCCCAGGCACGCACGCCGCUGUUUCGGGACACGUUCUCACGGUAUGGGCAGGUCGUGUUCAGGGACAUGCGUCAGAUGAUGCUUUGGGUGCAAGGCACCCCGGAUUCAGCAACAGCAACAAGCACAGCAACGACAAGCACAGCAACAGGCGCAGCGAAGACAACGCCUGCAAGUGCAACCACCACUGAAACACCUGCAAGCACCACAUCAGCCACACCUGCAGCCACAACAUCAGCCACAUCAACCACCGCCACUACAACACCUGCAGCCACGACAGCUCCAGCCACUGAGCCUCAAGCACCAGUCACCAGCGCAGCUCCAGCUUCUACUGCAGCGACUGCAACAGCAGCAGCAGCAACAACCACAAGCACCACCAAUCCAGCAAGCACCACAAAUCCAGCAAGCACCGCAACUUCAGCCUCUGCAACAGCAACGACGACGACAGCAGCAACGCCUUGUUUGCGCCUAAGUGAGUUUUCCCUGCAGAAUGGCAUCACUGUCAAGAGCAAACAGCCGCUGCAGGCGUGGUCUGAGCUCGUUCGUGAACUCGGCGCCCAAAAGUGCCAGCACUUGGACCUCACCAUGUACUCUGCCGAGGUGUGCAAGGGCAUGUGCUUGGAGAACAUUGGAGACCUCCGCCUUUCGUGCCCAGGUGAGCUGACCAACGUGACCUUCCGCAACAUCGACAGCAUCCUGUUUGACAACGACAGCGCAACCUUCAACAUCACGGGCAGCUCGCACAAUGUGGGCAAGGUGUCCUUCUACCACGCCACGCUCGAAGACCUGAGUGGCCUCCGCGGCGUGCGUGCGUUCAGCAUGCAGUGGAGCAUCCUCAACGACGUUGCCUCGCUCUGCGACACAGAGGAGGUGCGGCUGUUUGAGUCGGACGAGGUUGCGGACCUUUCAGCGCUGCAGCACGUGAAAAAGCUCGACGUCAUCGGCGGUGAUGUGGACUCGCUCCAAGACACGCUGACGUUCCCCAACGCAGAGUUCAUCUGCCUGCGUGGCGUGGGAGGCAUCACUGCCCUCCACGCGCCAAAGGCCAAGCACAUUGACCUUGGAGGCCUCUUCGAGCUGACAGAGGGCAGCUGGCCGAGAGAGCUCGACUACUACGACGUACAUUAUUGCAGCCAUCUCCGUCGCAAGCCACGGCUCAAGCACGUGCGCGUCCAUGACCUGCGCCACCGCAACCCCUCUCGUCAGCAGCUUGUGAGUGCCAGCCGCCAGUGCGACCGCCUGUAUGUGACCAUUGAGGCGCAGGCGAAGGUGGACGCGCUGACGCAGCUGGCGCCGGCGUGUGACGUGUACGCAACCAUCCCUGAUGCAAACAUGAUCAGGACCGAACUGCCGCCCAACGUCAAGCAGGCGAAAACGGGCCGCAUGGCAAUGAUGGUGAUGGCGCAGCAGCGCCCCGAAUGGUUCGGCCGCCUCAGCAGCGAGAUGCUGGCGGCAAGCACUGUCCUCGCCAACAUGCAGCACGUGCACGAGGUGGAGCUGGAAGGAUUUUCCGGCGACGUGUCUCCGCUUCGCAGUGUGCGCAAGCUCAAGCUGGUGGCUGAUUACGACACGGCCGCAACACUGUCGGGUCUUUCGCAACUGCAGCACUUGAAGGAGUUGGAGGCAAUUGGCUUCAAGUUCACGGGCGAGACCAUCAAGGCAGACAGCAUGAACCUCAAAGAGUGCUCUGGCACCGUGUCGUUUGUCGACACAAACGCCGUGUACAUUGGCAACUGCAAGAAGGAGUUUGUGGUGACCGAGGCACGCAACAUUGGCUUUCUCAUCCUCAGUGGCAGCCCUGGCUGCGAAGUCAAGCGCAAGGUCAACGUGUCCAAGUUUGUCAACAAGGCAAAUCACUUUUGCUGA